AUGAAGAGAUGUAAAAUUUUCAACAGUGAUCUGCCCGAUUGUGUUUUGUCGUAUAUCUUCUCGAAAUUAAGUUUGAAGGAUUUGGUGAAAACCAGCACAUUGUCCAAACAUUGGCUUCACGAAUGGAAAUUAUUAAAGACCGACCUCAAUUUUGACCUCCAUAACAUGUUUGGUUAUUAUACAUUUCAAGAGUUACGACAAGACCUUCCACACUUUGAAUCUGAAUUUGCGACAAGAUUGGAUCAGUUCAUGCUGCAUUAUCAAGGUGCCGUGAUUAGUUCAGUUCGAGUAAACUUUCCAUUAGGUGAUCAACAUAGUGAUGUUAUCGGUAGAUUGAUUUCCCAAGGAAUUGCUAAGGGUGCUAAACGCAUUGAACUGUUAUUAUCACAUAGAAUUGAAGAUAUUGGUAUUUUUAUGAACAUAUAUAAACAAGAAUUUUCCUUUACCCUCUUAUCUAACGCGGAUUCACUGAUGUAUCUGCACCUACAGGGGUGCCGAAUAGUAACUCCUACCGACUUCUCUGGAUUGAAGAAUUUGAGAACUCUUGUGUUGCACCUAGUUGAUGUGAAGUAUGAUAUGCUUCAGGAUCUAUUUUCCAAUUCCAAUAUUCAUCUUGUUGACUUCACCCUUAAUAAAUGUACCUUCUUUUACGACUUGAAAAUUAUAAGUACGACAUUGUCUCAUUUAAACAUUGUUAACUGCAUGGUUUACACUCAUGAGGAUAUAAAUAUAAUCGCCCCAAAUCUCUUAUCCUUUGAAUAUACUGCUAAUAGUGCUCGUCGAGGACACCCAUUGAACAUCAAGGCUCAUAUGUUAUCCCAGUUUAGCUACCGUGGUACUGAAAUUUCUACAUCCGUUGGGUUUUCUGGUUUGAAAAAUGUAACAACAAUUGUGUUGUAUAAACUUGGUGAAUGUCUCCAAACUCGGGUUUUGCCUCUUUUGUUUAAAGAAUGUAUCCAACUUAAGGAGGUCACCAUUCAGAAAUGCCGGAGUAUACGUGAAGUGAAAAUUACCAAUCCAAAGUUGCGUCAUUUGAAAAUAAUUGACUGUGGUAUCGAAUUACCUCCUUAUAAGGUAACUAUUGAGGCAUUGAAUCUCUCAUCCUUUGAAUAUAGUGGUCAGAGGUGGAUAUUUCAUGUUACAGCUCCAAGCUUAUUGAAGGUUUUUUGGAAUGCAGCUGUUAGUGCGAAAAACCGAUAUUCCUUAGGUCCAAUUCCAACAUUACAGCAUAUUCAGAAACUAGCUAUGAUCACAAGCCAUUCACAGAUAAAAAAAUUAAAGACGGUCUUCGGUCAAUUUCAAAAUCUUAGAGGAUUGGAGUUAUUUAUCGACGAAGCACAUGAUCCUAAUAUGGGAUACUUUUCGAUUUUAGAUAUUUUAAUGGUCUCUCAAUGUCUCCAAAAGCUUUCUUUAACGGUUCGAAAUUCACCUGUGGUUGGACUUAAAAGCGAAUAUGCAGGAUUUUUUCCCAGUGAUUUGAAAUAUGUUGAGUUGCAUGGUUGUGUAUGUACUAUAAAUGCAAUUGAGUUUGCUAGGCAGCUAUUGAGGAAUGCAAAUUUGCUUAAGAAAAUUACUUUUGGCUCUCUUGACAAAUUCUAUAUAGGUGCCGGAAGAUGGACUACAGGCUCCAACAGUUAUUGGUUUGAACGUAAUUUUAUUCAUGAAAGACUUAAAGAUGAAGUAAAAGGACAAUGCGAACUUGUAAUUUUGUAGUCUUAUUUUAUUUAU